CUGCAUCAUCCGUCAUCCAAUCUUGCAACACUCGAAAAAGCUGGUCCCGAGCAACAGCCCGCGAAAGGUUCUCUCUAACAGCUGGCUGAGUUUUGUGCGGACGGCUGUUUCAUCUGUGCCUCAACGUAAACAAAGCGACACAUACUAUACCUGCUGAGCCCUUUGCCUUCCUUGUUUUGAUCCUCGGCAAGCGCGAUGGAGAAAAGCGACAAGCCCAACAGCCCCUGGAAGCUAUUACUCGUAGGAUUGCUCGCGCUAGCAUGUGGCUUCUUGACCAUGAACUUCCACCACAUCCUGCAGACAACACACAUUCAUUUGUCAUUAGCCCAGCACCACAAGGCGCACGCCUUCUGCGCGUUCGCGGGCUGUAAGGUCGAAGACACGGCCGCGGCCGCUGCCCAGAAGCUGGCAGACGAGAAGCUGGCCAACACCACGGCCGCCAUGAUGGCGCGCGUGUGCGGCUCGCCGGCCAUUGACGGGUACUCGCACGUGGUGCCCAAGUGCCUGGAGGACUCGCCCACCGCCAAGUGGUGGGAGGCCUACUACGCGGCGGGCGGCCGGCAGAAGGACCUGGUGGUGCACAUCGAGAAGGCGGCGGACUACGACGGCCUGGCAGUCUUCUGGGGCAUCAACAACAAGAAGGCCAACGUGGAGGAGUGCGCGGAGCACUGCAGGAGCCACCAGCCCAACAUCGUGGACGGCCCCUUCAAGAAACUGCCCUGCAACGCCUUCGCCUUCUGCCCCGACGAGGUGUGCUUCGAGCCAGACGCGCACCACCACACCAAGGGCGACUGCUGGCUCAAAUUCACGGAGGGACCCGCCUACCCCGAGGUGAACAUGCGCGGCAACCUGCCGCAGAGCUACCGCUCGCGCCACCCCACCGCGCCGCAGCGGGUGCAGUGGCAGUCGGGCGUGCUGUUGCCGCCUGGCGUCAUGAUCACCAACGGGACGUGGGGGCCGCGCUGGACCUGGUAGUCGGGAGGCGAGGCGUGGGCAGCGCCGCUGGGGCGCGGAGGAGCGCAAAGCAGGAUGGAGCCGGAGGGGCACGGGAAUGUGGAGCACUGGGACCGGAGCCGGCAGGUGUGUCAGGCGUCUUAGUGGGUUUGGGGGGAGCGGAGGAAUGGGGAAGCCGCCUCCUGUGUCAGGGGCGCUGGCGUGGAGUGGUCAACGGGCAGCAGCGGAAGGCUCCAGGCCGGCGUGUGUGGAUCGUUGUGCGUCGGUGCCUGUCACGUGGUUACAAUCUGGGGGCGAAGCAGCGGCGGCGGCGCGCGGGGGCCGCGGGAUCUAAGCGGGCGUGGCAGCCACGCAGGAGUAUGGCGUGGCGGUGAGGUGUUGGAACGAAGCUGUGUUUGCGCCAUUGCAAGACAUGGGCGGAGGUGCAGGGUCGAGGAGUGAUGAUGAGGCGGGGAAUGAGCGUGAUCCACUGACGGUAGUGUCUGCAAAGCAAGGAAGGCGGCCGUAUGGGCUGUUGACUCCUGGCCGUCAGCCCAUGGCAUUGCAUGCGAUUGGAGGAGGUGUAAGCCAGGUGAUGCUAUGGGGGGCAGGGGGGCGCGUACGAAACAAGAAUGCCGGCCGUGCACUCAUCUACACUCGUCACCA